AUGUUGACGGUACGAAUAAACGUAGCCAACCGUUCGUCGCGAUCAUCUCCCACGUUCAGUUUGCUGAUGCGAACAUGCGUCUGCUUGCUGGUACUGAUCGGUCCUCUAGCACACAGUCCGGUAGAGGGUCAAUAUCUGCAGUCACCAUGUCCCAACGUGUUUUCGUAUCGGCUCGAUCCACGGAUCAACCAGGCGUUCGGCUACGUCGAGCUGCAGGGUCUACGCAUCGGUCAGUUGGUCAAGCUGAACAUCGAUCUUUCAAUUGGCACCACCGUACCGCAGAACAACGUUGGAUCGAUCACGCUAGUUAAAUCCAACGAAGAUACGUUCCGCGACAUCUACAGUAACCGGCCGGCACAGUAUCGCGUUAAUUUCCCGUUCAAAAAUGUCAUCCCAAGUGUGUUGGCAAUAAGCGUUAACGGUCAAACCAUCUGUACCGGUCAGAGAGCAACCGGACAGAUAGUGACCACGAUCAACUUGGACCAUACACUCUUCACGCAGGUGCAACAGCAAACAAACGGAAAUGGUAACAACUUCAACACCAUACAGUACCAACCGCCACAGAAUACGGCUCUACAAACCCCCGUAUAUCAACCAGUGCAGACACCUCAACCACAAGCCCCCGUGUACCGACCAGUGCAGGCACCACAACAACAAGCCCCCGUAUAUCAACCUAUACAGAAACCUGUGCAACAAGCCCCCGUAUACCGACCAGUGCAGACACCUAAACCUGAACGACCAAUACAACGUCCAACAGUAGACUACAGCUCCAACGUGGAUGAAUCAAGCAUUGGAUGCGGACAACCGGCGCAAGUUUUUAAUCGUCUAUCGAUCAACGGAAUCCGAUCGCCAAAAGGGCAAUUCCCAUGGGCGGCACCAAUCUUCCAUAACGAACGAUCGAAACCUAAGUACAUCUGCGGCAGUACAAUCAUUACUAAACAACACCUAGUGACUGCUGCUCACUGCAUGUACGAUUCGCUCGGUGUAGCACGCCAAGCGGACGAUAUAAUAACCGUGCCUGGCAUGUACAACAUCGACAACUUCUUCGAUGCGGAUCUGCAGGAGCGUAAGGUAUCGACCAUCUUUAUCCACGAUGAUUACUACUUCGACGAGUCGGGUCUUGGGGAUUCCGACAUCGCCGUAAUAAAGGUCGACCAGCCGAUUGUCUAUACUAGUUUAGUACGGCCAAUCUGUGUGUGGUCUGAAAGUGGCAACUUGGAACAGAUCGUUGGCGUUAAGGGUUUCGUGUCGGGCUGGGGUAUCACCGAGAAUGGAGAUGCGAAGUACCCCAGCUAUGUCACCCCGACGGUAGUGGACCGAAAGUCAUGCUCCCGGAACCUGGGAAAAUUCAUUACCGGUUCGGCACCCUUGUUCUGCGGGGACGGACACGGAUCGGUACCGUGCACCGGCGAUUCUGGCAGUGGGCUUGUGAUCAAACGUGGCCAAAAGUACUACCUGCGCGGAAUCGUGUCUUUCGGCCAGUAUGACCCUGAAACACUAAUCUGCGACGUUACGAAAUACGUUGUUUACACGGAUAUAGCGGCAUUCUAUUCAUGGUUGCUAAAGGCUGUUAGGUCUUAGGCGAUUGUUCUGUAGUAUGCGUAUAAGUGAUUGGUUCUCUGGAGCGCACCCACGAUUUU